GCGCAAUCGCAUGUUGUCUUGUCAGUCUUGACAGACAUUACCUGCAAAUGCUGGUCACACAUUUGUUUGUUGUCAGAAAUAUAUAACUUAUUUAAAGUAUUCCAAGUGGUAUUACUACAAUCAGACAGUGCAUUGUUGUCUGAAUGUUUUAGAAGGAAAAUCACUCGAAUGUGAUCCUCAUAACAAAAAAAGCGUUCUUCGGUUACGUCACUAGGCCAUUUUGUAUUUGUAAAAUCUUUGUUCGUGAACAGAGAAAAUUGUAAGGUUUUUCGUAAACCUCGUGUUCUUUUUUAGAGUGUUAUUAAAAAUUUUUCAAAAUUCCGGUGCCCACGAGAAACAGGGAUCCCGGCCACUACGGUAGCGGUGAUAUGAACAACAAAAGGAAAAAUCGAGGGGGCCCUGUAAGGACUCCUAGACCUGCCAGAUCUGUGGUAUCAGAGGGUGUAUACAAUAAUCCACAUUUUAUGCAUACAGCGACUGGACAAGUUGGAAAUGUUGUUAGAGUAACCACUGCUUCUGGAGUUGUUUGGGAAGGUGUAUUUAAGACGUUUUCUAGUAGAUUCGACUUAGCGUUAGAAGUUGCGGCCAAAUUAGACAACCCGGAUAGUCCGAAUCCUCAAGUAAAACCUGAUACUUACGUGGAUAAAAUCAUAUUCAGGGCAUGCGAUGUUUUGGCUAUGGUAGCAAAAGACGUAGAUCUGGAAUAUCCUACUAGAGAUACUUUCCAAACUGAUACUGCCAUUUCAGCUAGACUUAAUGGUAAUCUUAAACCAGAAGAAAGAGAAUUAGAACCAUGGGACUCAUCAGGAAUCAAUGGUACAGAUAUACAACUUGAAUUGGACCAAGCUAACGGCUGGGAUGCGAAUGAUAUGUUUAGAAAGAAUGAGCAAGAAUAUGGAAUUCAGAGUACAUAUGAUCAGUCUUUGAGAGGUUAUACAGUACCCCUUAAAACUAGCGACAGCGCUGAUUAUAAAGAAGCGGAAGCAAAAGCAAAUCUGAUAGCGAAUGAAAUAGAGAACCAACCUCAACAUAAAGCUAGGUUAGAAUUAGAAAACGGCGACGAAGAAGCUGCUUUUGCUGCCGUCGUUAGGCCACAUCAAGAUUCAGCUAGCAACGGAAAGUAUCUUCCACCAGCAAAACGAAAGAAUCAAAAUAACGGAAAAUUGGUCAGAAGCACUCCACCUCCAAGUCAAAGUAGUAGUAAUCAGAAUACUCCAUCGCCAAAAGAAACUAGACCACCUAUGGCAUUCCCGGCUUAUCAAUCUCCUAUGCAGAAUAAUUCACAUAUUCAAACAGGACCACUGCCAAAUCAACAGCCUCACAUUCUUAGUGCCCCAAUUCAUUCAUCUCCUAUGAAUAUGCAACAACAUCCGAUGCAACCUCCUAACCAUGGCCCUCCACACCCACAUUCUCACACACCACCUCAUCAAUUUCAACCGCCUAUUCAAACCAGACAACCUCCUCCUCCUCCUCAACCAAUAGUUCAGCAACCCCCUCCUCAACCCAAACCUCAGAUGAAUGGAGAAGCAAAAGGAGCACCACGUCAACAAAGGGUUUAUCAAAAUCAGCAAUAUCCACCAGAAAUGAAACCAGAUAUACCAGGACCAUCUCAUCCACCAAGGCAUAGAGAUGAAACUAUAAAAGAUUUACAUCAAUUUGCACAAGAUUUUCAAUUGGCACCUUUACCAAAUGAACAGCCUCCGCCGCAAAUACAAGCCCCUCCUGUAGUGGAGCAAGUGGUCCAACCUAUACAACAAAUUUCACCACCUAACAAACCUUUACAGCAGCCAUCACCACCCCAACCCCAACAAUCAAUUAGCCCUAGACAAGAAAAUAUAGAAAAGGUCACAAACACUUUGAAAAAGUCCACUCUAAACCCAAACGCUAAGGAAUUUGUUUUGAAUCCUACUGCUAAGCCAUUUCAACCUAGGUCUCCAAGUACUCCAUCGGCAAGCCGGCCACAUACUCCACAAACGCCUAGCCAUAGCCCAUAUAUCCCUGCUACUGUUGGUGGUCCAGCAGUUCAGCCUCCAAUGGCUCCACUUAUGAUGCCGGUCCAUUAUGUUAUGACCAGUCAACCACAAUAUCAACCUCCACAAGGCAAUAAAAUACGUCGCUUACCGAUGAGAACAGACAUGGCACAGCAAAUGCAGGUAGCAGCUGCCACUGGUCAGCCGCUACUAGCUCCAGCUCCAAUCCAACAGUUCAUGUAUCCACCAGCAAUGAAUCAGGCUUACCAACCAAUGCACAUGACACUCAGAACUUAUGAGCCUUCUCCACAAAUUCAGUAUAUGCCUCCCAAUCCACAUCCAUCGCAGACACCAUCUCCGGCUCAGCCUCCACAAUAUAAUCCAGCUCAAGGCCCUCAAGCGCCACCUCAGCAGUGUCAAGCAGCACCACCACCACCGCAGAGUCAUCAUCAAUUUCCAUUAAUGUAUCCGAUCAUACCAGCACAGCCACACAUGAUGCAAAGCAUGCAAUAUUUGCAGCAAGCCCCUCCACCUCCUCAACCACCUAUGCAAGUAUUGAUGCAUCAACAUCACGGACAAGGAAACCCACAUGGACCUAAUCCUUAGCGCUAGCGGUGGUUGUUGUCGUAGGUAAAUUUCAAAAUAUUAGUAUAGGCGCUAUCUCGGUGCAUGUAUGUUUUGUCUUCGUCCUAAAUUUGUUUAUUUAAUAUCUUAAGGUACUGAUCAAUUGCAUUGUUAUUGGCAUAAAAAAAAGGGGGAUGAAACGACUGUCUCAAACGUUGUAAGGAGAGUAUACAUUUAUUGGUACAAAGAAAAAUGCAGGAAUGAAGAGGGUAGGUUAAUAGAAAACAAAAGAGAAAAUAAAAUGACUGAACUUUUUAUCUAUUUUAGCGAUUGAAGUAUUAUUAAUGAACCACUUUCGCAAAACUUUAAAGCAUUGUUAUGAAAUGAGUUGAGGUACUCCAAAAACAUUGUGGUGAAAAGAAAAAAAAAGUAAAAAAGGUAUCCUUGCACGUUUGGGACAAAAUAAACGUUAACAAGAGAGAAGAUUGGCAGCACACACUAGUCAAGUAUAAUAAAGGAAUAUGGCAUAAAACAAAAAAUAUCAUAUAAGAUAAAAUAAAAGGUUCGAGCAAUACCUAGAAACACGAAUGUUUUGUUAUAUAAUUUAUACGAAUAUUAAUGGUGGCAAAUAUAAAUAGUUAAUGGAACCACAUUUAUUUAUUGCUACCAAGUAAUGGCAGCAUUCGAAAUCAUAUAUAAAUUAAAUCAAAAAUAACUAAAAAGCAAACUUGAUUAAUAAAAAGGAAUAUAUUAAUCAUACAUCAAUAAUAACAAAUUGAAAUUAAGGAGAAAUUCUUUGGCAUACUUUACUUACUGAAAACAAAUGAAAUACUAUACAAGUUACGAAUAUACGGGAGAUGUUCAGAAAUUUGAUUUGUGAAAUAAAAAAAGACAGUACUGCUACAGUCAAAAAAUUCACUGUGCACAAAACUCUGCAUUUGUCGACGUAGCUCCUGUGCUUUUCUAGGCAUAUUUUUGUAAAUCUUCGUAAAAUGGCUGUGCAUUGAAACAUGUUCAUUGUUGUACCUCGAAGGAGGUUGAUCAAAUAAACCAAUCUGAAACCUUGUAGGAGUCAUUUUGUCAAUUUGUAGUGUCUGAUCGGGCAUUGUUGUAAAUGAACAAACUACACCUUGUGUGAGUUUUCCCUACUUUCUUUACUAAUACACCUUGUAUACAUCUCUUCUGAUUGGAAGUUUUAGCAAUCCUACAAUACUAUGAAUUUUGAGGAAGUAUACCAAAAAUUCUGCAGAGGUAAUAUUUCAGUACCGCAAAUUACUUUCUGUAUCUUUUAAGUCUCCCAUGAAUGAUUAUUAUACUGUAUAUUUGUUAUACUUCAAUAAAUUAGUGUAAAUUGUAUUUUAAAGCAAAACUCCCUUGUUUAUAUCAUACAAUAAAAUUUGGAUUUAUUGUAUGUAGAGAUCAGUGUCUAUGGAAAAUAAGAUAUUAAGUGAAUAAUUUUAGGGCACAGUCACACAUACACCUAGUCGGGGCGUCUAAACUAAAUCUACAUUAUCAAAUUUUUAAAUUCUGGUGGGUUAAAGUCAUGAUAAUGUUAAAAGUUGGCGUUGUUAUUAUAAAAUUAACAUCAAAAUUACUAGGCAGGAAAUUUGAAACAUAUUUUCAUAUUUCCGUAAUGUGCACUUUUGAAAUCUGAUAUAUAUUAUUAACAAUGUCGAUAACAUAGUAUUUCUAUUUUCAGUCUAUUAUUUACUUUACACUGAGAUUCUGAUGUAUAUGAAUAAAAGCAAGUACUGAUUAAUUCUGAUAUUGGAAAACUUGAAAUAUGUAAACUUUUUUACUGAUUGGAAUCAUAUAAUUGGAUAUAUUGUUAUCCAACUCAUUUGCUUUUGAACUAUUUGUAAAACUUCCUAGUCGAUGGUCAGUGUUGGUUUUAUAUCUCAACUAUGGUCAGUAAUGAGAAAAGAAAACUUGAUUAUAUUAUAAUACGAUUAUCAAAUUGUAUAUAAACGUCUUAUGUGCCAAGACAAUUACUUGGAAUGUAUACAUUUAUGCUCAAAAAAUUUACUUAUAAUUUUGGAAUUUUGAGAAAUUCCUUUUUGGCCAACUAAACUAAGCUCCAUUGCUUUAUAUUACCAAAAAAAACAAUAAUUGUGUUGUGAUACCAUCACAAUAUGUGGUAGACUCAGGAAAAAAAUUAAUUCUAUCAGUUUUUCAUAAAAAGCUGAUAGUCUCAGAAUAUAUUUUUUUAAUAUUUGCUACACAUUUCGGCUCAUUUUUUGGUUAAAUGAAGAUUACAAAAUGGUGAGAGUAAUUUUUGAACAAAACCAACUCCAAUUAAACCACAAAAAUUUCUGAUUUUUAAAUCUUGUUCUAUUUAAAAAUACACUCCCAAAAGAUAUUUAUUCUCAAAGUAUUUUCAAAGUAAUCAUAAUACUCAAAUAUUAUUAUUGAGAUUUUAAAAAAUACAAUUUUUGUUGAAAAUAAUAUACAAACAAUAUUUUCAUCCCAAUUUAUAAUUCACUUUAUAAUAAAUGAUCAUUUUGCUUGAGCUGUUCAUAUUUUCCCAAUUGUAAGUUCUCUUUCAUGUCGGUAUUAAAUUAUACUCAAUACUCAUUCAGAAUAUAUACACAGUUCUUCAAUACAUGUGCAAAAAUUCGGGAGUUGAUUUUCCUUAUGAUAUAUUGAUAGAUCCUUCCUGUAAAACAAUUUCCUUAUCUCGCCCCAUUCCGAUACAUCGCCUUUUAAAAUUGUUGAAAAUUAAGUAAGGGACUAACCAUUGAUAUUUUUUAACAUUCACAACUCUUAUUUUCGAGCAUUACUUUUGAAAGAGAAAUCAGUUAUUGAGAUAGGAAACAAUAAAAUGAAAAAUGGAGUAAUAAAAUGUGUAUGUUGGUUGUGAAGACGCAUGGAAAAUACAAAACUUUAAAUUUCCACAUUCAGCUGUAAUUUGACAAAAAAAAUAAAUACUUAAUCUUAAUCAUCACCUUUUAGAACUCAUAACUAAAGGGUUAAACUGAUGAAAUUUUGUUAUAAGAAAGAUCCAUCAUAAUUUCUGACAAGUAAUAACUUUCGAAAGUUUCUCAAAUGAAUAAAUUCGCUCUAUAAAUACAAUGCCGAGCAUAAAAUUAGCGUCUCCCCGUAAUAUUAAGUUAUUUGAGAAAUUUUUUUGUUUCUCGGAUUUUUCCAGUCGCCACAUAAUUUUCUGAUGGUUUACAUGAAUAAAAAAGUUUCUGUUGUUGAAAGUAAUGGAAAUUAAUAAUUUUAAUUUAUGCUAAGUGAUGAAAAUGAACAAUUUUACUUUGCUAUGAUUUUUGUUGGAACAAAAUAAAUUUUCUUGGAUAGGAUUUUGGAUCACAUUCUGCAAAAGAUUGUCCAACAGUAUGGCGCGAAGCUCUCUAUAAUUUCUGUGGGCUGGCUUAUCCCAUGUCAUUCCAAAUCUGUUCAAUGGAUAUACAUAAAUCACCACUUAUGUUUUUUAUAGAUUCCGUCAAUAUUUUGUUUAACUAAUAAGACUACUUAAAAACAAACAAAAAACCUAAUUGAUAGAAUAUGAAUUAUUUUCUAAUUGAGUGAUUCAAAGGGGUGUAAGACACUUUAUUCAUAAAUUUGAUUUAGUCUAGCUCGCUUUGCUCAAUCGUGAACUUGAUUUCAGAGCAAUGUAGCAAUAGAUUUCAAAAGAAAAAAUUAUCACUAAAGACUGAAAUGAAAGGAUAAUAUUCUUUAUAUAACAAUUUUUAUGAGAAUUUCAAAAUUAAUAAUACAAACUCGGAUUUUCAUUCUAGUUUUUACAAAAAAAAUAUUUUUUAUAUUGUAUUUACCUUGUAUUUCCUUUUCCAAAGAUGUUUUUUAUAAUGAUGAUAAUACAAAAACAAUGAUAUAUUUUGGUUAGAAAACUACUUUUUCAAUAUAUUCCAAAUUUUAGAGUUUUCCUCCCACUCUUCUAUACAGUGUAAUUUUUACAAAGAUAUUUGAAAAAAAUAUUUUAGUCAUCAAAUCAGUAAUUUUUUAUUAGGUGGAAUAAAUUUCAUCAUCUAAAUCCUCUUAUUUCAGUAUGAUUGAGGUUUACCAAUACUACACUAGUUAAUCAUAUAGUGUUAUGAAUUUUUAAUUUGCAUUUUUAAUCGUUGAUAACAUUUAUAUCUUGUUGAAAUCAGUUUUUGUUAUUGUCAUUGGAUAUAUAUUGUUUUUAUAAAAUAUUAAACUACUUAUAUAUAUUUAAUUUCUAGUAACCAAUUUUUUCAAUCUAUAUAGUUUCUUAUGUUUGUAACUUGUAUAAGUCUUGCACAGUUAUACCAUUAUUAUUUUUAGAUAAUGUUAAAAAAUGAAAUUAAGUUUAAUAAUAACACUAGGCAAAAAAAAAUUAUCAAUUUUUUUCUCUGGAUAACAUUAGUCUGCAAGCAGUGCUGGUUCCAAUUUUCCUUGGUAGCGCUUUUCAAUUGUGGCGUGAUCUUGAUGAAAGCGGUCUCCAUGCUCGUCACUUCAAGCGACAAUGUUUUCCGGAAAAAUCUUUAGGUGGGAAUGUAAAAAGUGUAUUUUCAAGGAAAUAUUACAUCCCAAUUCAUAAUCAUUGAGCAUUUUUUAUGAAGUCAGAAUAUUGAGAAGAUCUAUAGUUACCAAAAAAGUUUUCAGUAACUUUGACAAUCGCCAUCCAAUCUUCUCUUUUUUUUUUCAUUCAAAGUGUUAAUGAAUGCCGGAUCUUUGCCUAAUUUUUUGAUGUCGGCUUCGACAAAUACACCUUAUAUUUCAGCGUCAUUCACAGAAGGAAAUUUUUGUUUUAAAAAUUUGAAACCAAAUCCAUCUUUGUCUAUGGUUUUCACUAAAGUUUUUAUUAGCACUAAUUUGAUGUACAAAGAUGGUAAUAUCAUCUUUCUAGGGUUAACUAUAGGUUCAUUUUUCAAAUUUUUGAAGAAAUGUAGACCGUUCUUGGCGGCCAUAUUGAUCUUACAUAUGUUCAUUUCUUUCUCGGUUCUACCCGCAUAAAAAGCAUUAGUAUUUUAUGUAUCCAAUUUGUAUUUCUAAAACCAAAGCAAAAAUUUUCAAAUUUGCACAUAUCAAUCAUUUUGUUUGCUGUAUUCUAUCAAUUUUAACACUACUUUUAUAAUGUAUUUUUCUCUUAAAUGAGCUCCGUAAACUAAAGGUGGUGAUGGAAAUUUAUUUUCGUUAUCGAGCAAUAUAGCCUCUAGACUCGACUUUAAGCAUUAAAUAAAGAGUAUCAUUAAGCCCUCAAUGUCAAUACAGUUCAUUUAGUUGUUCUCUUUAGAAAAAAAAAUUAACAUAUGAACUAUGACGUUUAUGGUACAGGGUAACUUUUAACUCCUGUCUUCAGCAGAUUCCACUGUUGCAGUUUUGAACUUAACUCUUCAGCUUUUUCUUUGGGCAAAUCCAAAUAUCUUAUGAAAUAAUUAGACUUCAAUAAAUUGGAGAAGGCACAGAAACUUCUAUCGAAUGGGGGAAUGUUUUUGAUACAAAAGACACCUCCGCGUAUUUUAAUGAUUGCUGCGAUUUUCUCGAAAAGCGGUUGAUAUUGGUGAAGCAAAAAUAACAGCCGCUCAUGUGAUUGGUAGAUCCGCGCCAUAUCCUGAUUUACCAAAAGGCAUUGCUGAAUAUUGUGCAUUAAACCAACCUAUCAAAUUUCUGUGACACGAGAUACAGAAGAUAUGUGUCACCUAAUAUUUAUUCUGGUUACGAUAAUCCAGGUUGAAAUAUGCACGAGAGCACUUAUUAAUUAAAUGUCUUUUUUGGCAUCCAGGUGUAUAUUCACCGCAAAUGUAACAAAAUAAGUUGGAAGAAUUAACACAUUAGCGUGACAUUUCACAUGAUUCAGCUGUCAAAUAACUUCCAAAGAUGACUUUGCGAAAAUAAUUGAUGAAAACUCUGAGCUAUUUACAGAUUAUAACGGAAAAGUGACAAUUUGAUAAAAAAAUAUUGAAACGAUUUUAGACGUAAAUGACAAAAACUGAUAUUUUUUGUGUUAACUUUUGAGACUCUACCAAUAAAAUGCACAACAGAUUUGGUUUGAAUAACUUUGAAGGUUGCCUAGUAUAAAUGAUAUCUUAAAAAAAUCUUUAAGUAGAAGAAUUAGAAUAAUAGAUUUAUAAUUUAUAAAACAAAUUACAUGAUAUAAAUAUCUUGAAAAUUUUAACCGACUUAGCUAACCUUAUUCUGGUUGUGAUUAAUAAUUCUAUAGUGACUGAAGCUUUCUAAAUUUAAAAAUUCACUUUUUCACCAAAAAUUAGUUGUUUUGUUCCUCUUUAAUUUGAUAUAUUUCAAAAUAAUUCAAUGAAGGCUCUAUUAAAAGUUUUUAUUACUACUUAAUAAAUAUAUACAAUUCAACAAUAUAUAAAAUUUUAACUCAUAUUUUCUUGUUUUUCUUUUCGACAAUUUGCACUAUUAAAAAUUCAUAUUUAAUAACAACAAUGUAAAAUUAUGGAGUUGUAUUAUCGCUAUUUUUAUAUUACUUCUUUAUCUUUUUCAUAGUGGCAAAUUCUUAUAACAACGCCAAUUAUUCAACAAUAUAUUAUGUUUAUUCAAAAAUAUUGUUAUUUUUUGUUAUCAUUUAAUUUUUAUGAACUGUUAUUUUUCUAUAAUUAGAAAAAAAUUAUAUUUAAUAUCAUCAAAAAUUACAACUCAUGUUAUCUGUCUGUAGGUUAUCAUAUUCUUGAUAAUUUUUAUCAUAUAUUCUGGGUGACUCAAACAGACAGAUCGUAGCAUUUUUUCACUAUACCUAGAAUAUUUGGUAAAAAUUAUAAACCUAAAAAUGGAAAAACGGACAUUUUCAGGUUUUCUCUCUUUAAAAGUUUUGCCGUUUUUAAUAAUGAAAUCAUUACAAACUAUUUUCGGUGGUUUAUCAUUCCAUAUUUUUUUAAUAUUUUUUUUUCUGCAAGAUAGCCACUAUUGUUUUGUUUCCACAUCUUUAUAUCACCAUAAAUACUCAUUCAGAAAUCUAUAUGCAUCAUGUAAAAUCGAACCCAUAAUAUACUUUGCUUUAAUCUCAGAAAAUUUGUUAUUGUGGCAUAAAGCACCUCGGCAAAAAAUCAAGUACGUAUAGACAUUCGUAAAAAGAAAUUAUUGAUUACAUCAACGCUUGAUAUUAUUAAAAUUCAAGCAUUCGUUACAAAAACAACCAUAUUCCUUUGUCUUAUAGAAAAUCAAAGGAAAACGUAAUUAUUCCAACUUGGAAAAAUAAACAAGCGCUAACAAACGAAAUUUCCAGUAUAUGCAUCAUUUGCUUUGUACCACGCUUGUAUUUGUAGAAACUUAAUAAACUCUAUUGUAGUUUUAAACAAGGGCCAUUUUUGCGUUAGAGAAAUAUUUAUGAAACAAAAUAAAUUAUUAUUAACUGGAGUACAAAUCUAUGGAUAUUAAAAGAAUUAGUAACAUUAUAAUUACCUUGUGACUAUAUAGAAAAUUAUAAUAAAUAGACUUUAUUCUCUUUGAUCUUGAGAACAACAUUUGUUUUGCUAAAAUGCAGCUCUUGAGUCAAUAAGGUGGAAAGCCCUUGUUAUAUCAAAAUAUAUGAAUUACGAACUUUGCUGUUAUCAUAAGAAACGCCUCAAUUAAGAAACAGAAACAAUAUAAAUUGACAUCAAAUGUGAAAUUAGAACAUAGAAAAAUCUCUACACGCAAAUUCUCAAUUUUAUUCUUUUAACCAAAUGGUAUUACGCAGAAUAUUAAAUAUUAUACUUAUACUGUUUUGUUAGAAACACUUCAAUUAAGGGACAUAUCGACGGUUAAAGUGCAAUACCUCGUAUCAUUUUUUAUUAAAUUUUACAGAAUAGCCGAAAAAGUGCUAUUUUUUACGUUUUUUAGCAUAUUAUUAGUUUUAAUAAUAUGUACUUACCUCAAAAACGUCCAAUACCUUAAAACACCACUCUCAACGCAACUCUUAUGGAAAAAAACAAUGUCGGCUAGCAGAUACGAGCUUUUUUAGUUGUCGUAGGUAGAUGGAGGUAGAUGAAUUGAAAUUAUUCGUGUAAUAAACUCGAAAUCCGCAAAAUCGUCACACACGAGCCGUCGAUAUGCAUCGAUUAAUAUUUAUGAAAUAAUUAUUAGCAGGGGAAAAUAUGGAAAAAUCACUGCAAGAAAAAUAAUCAUGAAGGAAAAUCAAUAUUAAAUCACUGCAUUUUGUAAUUAAGAACACGUGAAUGUCUUUCAAAAAAAUUGUCAAGUAUAUUUUGCUGUAGUAAAACAUCUAUAAUAUCAGUAUAAAAUCUCCCAAAUUUGCCUUUCAACUGUUUACGUCUUUUGGUUCUAGAAACAUCUUGCUGAUACUUAUAAGUACAAUCUUAUUGCUUAGUGAAUAAUUCAUACUUAUCAUACUUGCAUAGUAUUCAAAAGUUGUUCAAUACAUCAGAAAUAAAGUAAUUAGAACUUACAUGAAGAAUAUCUAAAUUUUUGUUGCACAUUUCACGCAAAAAUAGCUCAGUAUCACGGUUCUAAAAAACUACAGGGUGAGCCAAAUAAGACCUACUGCCGAAAAUUUCAUGCAGUGGGUCAUAGUUUGUCUAAGAAAGUUGCAUCAUCUUAUUGAAAAUUCAAAAAAGGAUUUUGCUCCGGCAUUAGUCGUAAAAAGUUUUCAAUCAUUGUUCUGAAAAAAGCUUUAGAAAUCGCUUGAAGGAUUACAUCUUCAUCAUCGAAAAAAUAUCAGUCAUAAUACUGCACCAAAUAUAUCUUAUGUGUGCAACUGAUGUUCAGAGCCCCCAAAUCAACAGUUUUAGUUGUUAAUAUAACAAUUUAAUUGGAAAUGCGUUUCAUCCGACAUCAAAGCAUCAUUUAAUAUAGUCUUUGUUGGUCGUCUUUAUGUAUGGAUACAUCUGAACAUCCAAGAUUGAAAUUUUACGCAAUGACGUUCUGGAAAGGCCCAAUUGGCUGGAACGAUGACUACAUGAAACUGUCAUCUACAAAACUCAACCCCAGUGUCCAUGUUGUCUGCAAUGCGAAUAUUUCAAUGGGUACCUCUUUUAGGUCGGUUGUCCACUAAACCUAGAUUCUAGAAAUGAGCGACCAAAAUCCUUUCAUGAAGAAUGUAGAUGAUAUUGGAUUAAGUUAUUAACGAUUUUUCGCUGCGUCAUAACUAUCGGUCGUUGAUAAGAAUAGAAUAACUCGAUAAUUUUAACGUUUUGUUUUAUAUGGUUCUAUAAUCAAUUUUCAACAAUAAAAAAAUAAUUAUAUCACGAAAAAGUUAUUUAACAUUGGUAAUUUUUAUUUGGCCCACCCGGUAUAAAGCCCGAGAUGUAACAAAAUCUUUUUUCGUUAAUAAAAUUGGAUCAAACAAGUAAGGAUUAAAUAAAUUGAUUCAAAUUAAAUAAGAGUUACCCUCAAUAUGUAUAUAGAUUAAUGUUUAAUACCUGUAAAGAAACUCGUCGACUCUACCAUGGAUACAGAAGACGGGUUUCACAGAAUCGAAUAUUUUAAAUUAAUACAAGAAGUUUCUUAGGCAACGUAUAAAAUCUGUGAAAUUGUGAAUAAAUACAGUUCGAAUAUCAAAACAAUAUUUUUUAAAAAUAUAAAUAUUAUGUAAAACAAUACAUCACUGAGAAAAUUAUAUAGUAGUACAAUAUGGGUUCGAAAUUAGUUUCAUUAUUAUGCCUGUUAAUUAGAAAUCUGGCAGCAUAAAGGUGCUUCUUAGACACUUAAGGUGCCUUAAUCUCAUUUUUUCUUUCUAUACAUUCUUUGUAAAAAAUUAUUUGGCACCUCAAAUUAUUUCAACACUUAGUUUGAAUAAUUGAAAAACAUCGGUUUCAACAAAAAUAUUACAUUUUAUAACUACAUAAUUUGUAGUUUUUAAAAAUAACACAUUUUUAUUCCGUAAAAAAUAUUAUGUGUUGUUUCAAUGAAAACAUUCGAAAAAAUUCAAAAUUUGUAAAAAUGUUAAUAUUUUUUUUUUUGCAAAUAUACUCCGAAAUUAUUUGUAA